AUGCCCGGAUACUGGAGACUGCAAGCUACCGCCAAACACACGAACCUCCACCGGCCAGUGCUAGCAAGACUACUACUACUGGCCCCGACGAAAUCGGGACAAACAUCAUCUCGAUUCAGCACACCAAUCCGAACCAUGUCUUCAUUCACCCUACCCGGGUCGUCCCACAGUACGCGCGUGAAUUCCACGUCUGACCUCUCCCAGGAUGACCUGCUGUCAUUUCCUGCAUUCAAUACGUGGAUAUCGACGCUGCAGGCCUCUUUGGCGCAACAAAAGAAUCCGGGACACGAAUUUCAUCAUGAUCCGUAUAUCCUGCGUCAGAUUGAUAUUCAGUCUGUUGACCGAUUUGGCGGGAGUCGGUUGGGGUUCGUCAAGUUGAAGGCUGAUGUAUCGAAUGGUGCUGGUGAGCAUUUACCCGGUAGUGUAUUCUUACGUGGUGGCAGUGUCGGGAUGCUUCUCAUCCUUCAGCCUGAUGAUAUUCCUGCUUCACAAGAGCAAGGGAAACAAGCAAUACUCACUAUCCAGCCUCGAAUCCCAGCUGGAUCCUUAGCUUUUGCCGAGAUUCCCGCGGGAAUGCUCGAUGAUAGCGGGACAUUUGCUGGGGGUGCGGCGAAAGAGAUUCAAGAAGAGACUGGUUUAUCUGUUCAACAGGAUGAGUUGAUUGAUUUGACCUCGCUGGCUCUAGACUCUACCCAGGAAGCCUCAGGCGAGACUCUGCAGAAAGCGGUGUAUCCGUCCGCUGGGGAAAAGCGUAUGCCUCGCAGGGAGAUUGAGGAGUUACAAGGAAAGUUGACCGGUCUACGGGACCAUGGAGAGAAGAUUACGCUGAAGGUGGUACCCCUUGAGAGUCUGUGGAAGGAGGGACUAAGAGAUGGCAAGACUCUGGCCGCCUGGGCUCUCUAUAAAGGGUUAAAGGAGGAUGGGAAAAUUUGA